GUCAGUCGUGUCUAUUACCUACCCACCGAGUUGUAGCCAACCAACCAAGUGAUAGCUCCGCUUGAGGUGCAAUAGAGACGGGUCCGGGAGGGGCGCAGACCAGCGAAGAUCUGCAGCAGGUCCUUUUUCAUAUUUAAGAUAUGACUACAGCCACUUAAUCGAGCCUCACAGCCCACGGCCCUCUCCAACAGUCGCACGCAGCCGGCUGUGAUAGCUGCACAUUUGACCCGUCCAUGUCCGGCCCUCUUGUUUCGACAACAAGCAGCGGCGGUGGGGGCGAGGGUGGCCAGAUCAUCAUCUCGGAUGCCGCUGCGCACAAUAGUGCAGUUGUCUCGUCAGCUAGGGAGCUGACCGCAGGGAAUGCAGACGCAGGCGCAGGCGCAAGCACGCUUGCAACAGCAGUAGCAGCACCAGCACCAGUGGCCACCAUGCCGCUAGUCCCACGCGCGAGCAUGUCCAUGCCGAAGAUUCUCUACGGUACAGCAUGGAAAGGAGACGCCACGGCGUCGCUCGUGCGGCAAGCUUUUCGCGCCGGAUUCCGUGGCGUUGACACGGCUGGCCAGAGAAAGCAUUAUCGCGAGGACCUAGUAGGCGAGGGGAUCGCGCUUGCUAGACGCGAAUUGGGCCUCAAGCGCGAGGAUAUUUGGAUUCAGACCAAGUUCACCUCUGUCGACGGGCAGGACUCAACUGGAUUCAUUCCUUAUGAUCCCCAAGCGCCGGUCGCGGAGCAGGUGUGGGCCUCAUUCCGACACAGCCUGUACAGCCUCAACCUGUCUCCCUCUGUAACAAUCGACGCGAAAGGCAAAAAACGGGAGACCGCGUCAGGUUCCAAAGAAGGGCUCAACGCAAGCUCCACCGAUGUCGAGCCGCAGCCAUAUAUCGAUUCAUACCUACUGCACAGCCCGUUGCGUUCGCUAGAAGAAACGGCUGCAGCAUGGGCCGUCCUAGAGGAACUGGUGCUCAGCGGGCAAGUACGUCAGAUUGGCAUCAGCAACGUCUACGAUCCCCGGAUCUGGGCGGCCCUGCGAGGUAUGAUGACCCGCGUCAAACCAACAGUGCUGCAGAAUCGAUGGCACGCCAGCACGGGUCAUGACCUAUCUGUCCUGCCGACGCUUAGCCCCGUGCUGUCGCCCAACGACUUUCCGCUGGACGAAGAUGGAUUUGCGGGCGAAGGUAUUCGCUACCAGCCUUUCUGGACAUUGACCGGAAAUCCGUUUCUCCUCGAAUCGACAGCGGUGCUGGCUGCGGCGGCCGAGUUCGGCUUGACUCCCGAGCAGGUGGUCUAUCGCUACGUCUCUCAAGGGUUGGGGAUUGCAGGUGUACAGGCGACCGUCCUCUGUGGGAGCACUUCCGAGUCGCACGUGCGCGAGGCGGUGCAGGCUGUUCAGUCUGGGUCCGACCUCGACGAGCAGACGAUCGACGCGAUACGCCGCGAAAUCUAUGGAGAGUAAUGCAAGGGUGCGUUGUACGGAGUCGUGCCAUGAGCGCGAGCGCGCAGGGGAUUCGUUGUAUGCUACAAGUAUCAUUACCCAAUCGCAAUGCAAAAUUGAUAGAAC